CGCUUGCCCUCUUAUUCAAAUUCGAGAAUAGACGCUGACUCCCCGCAAGCCCCAAUCCUUCUUACCCCGAAAUGACCGACUCGAUUCCCGAUUCGCUCCCUUACAUUGAUGUAGAUAUCGACAAUCCAGAGCUCAAAGCUAAGGUCGAUGCCGAAAUUGCGAGGGAAUUGAAGAGAGUGCCCAAAAACCCAGACGAUCACCGCAUACCACCGGAGAUCAAGCUUUUCGCUAAUAAUGCACUCCUAGCUGCGGAACUGGAACGAGUCUCGAAGAGGGAACCAUUGCAUGCUCUGGAUUCUGACAGAUAUAGUUUGUCCGCUCCGUCCAAACCAGAUGUAUCGGAAGACGAGUGGACUGAGGCACUAAAUAACGCUUACGCACAGCAGGAACAUCAAAGAUCGAGAUUGGAAACCCUCAGUCUAUUGCAAAACUAUGGCUCGAAUGCUUGGAGGCUCCAUAACUACAUGUUAGAAGCCGAUGCUAAAGCUAUUGAGGCUGAUCUCGAAAGAGCACGAGAAAGGGUUACGGAGAUUAAUCGAGAGAGAAAGAAUAGUCAGCUUCAAUUCGGAAAGACUCUUAACUCGUUAGAGAAUAGAUGGACAGAGCUAGUCUCUAAUGUCAUUCAAUUGGAACUGGCAAAUGCAUCGCUGGAGGUCCAAGUCGAGGAAUUGCGGCAACAAGAGCUUGCUUUUGAGGAAUCAUGAUGCAUUCACUGAGAACCUCUCACUGUAUCUUACGACGUGUAGUCGAAUAUUAUCCGGGUCAGAUGAUUGGUA